CUUUGAUUUUUGUGGAGGGAAGUAUUCUUCACAUUCUAUUAUUAAAAAAAUAUAUUUUUUUGCAAAAUAAUUGGAAAAAAAAUCAAGGAAAAAGAAAACCAAAUUCAGACAACGUUUUCUUCUUUCCUUAUCCAAUUCCUAUGAUUCGUUGAUUUGUCUUUUACUUUAAGAAAACAAUUAAAAUAUAAAAAAUUAUUAACUUUUUUCCAUUUUGCCAAAGUUCUUGAAUUCUUAUGCAAACCUUUCUUUGACUUUAUAAUUUGAUUUUUUCAACAAUAGGAAAAUUUGAUCAAAGGGUACAUUCUUCAUUGAGAUGAUCUAAUUUUCAACCAAAAAGCCAAAUAUUUUCUGUAUUAAGAAACUGAUAGAUGGGAGUUUCCAGAUAAUAGCAGUGAUUAAUGAUUAGGGUCUUCAAGUUGGAGGCUGGAGAUGUCUACCCAGCAUGAAAAUUCUGAUCCCAAUUCCUCUUCUGGAUCAAGCUCCUGUUUAUAUGAUCUCUUAUGCUCAGAAACACCACGUUGGAAUCGACCAAGUGACGCAGAGAGUAUACCUUGGAUUCCGAGAAAGGACACAUGGAGAUCUGCAGGUCCACAAGGAAGGCUGGAGAGAUUGUUGAAUGAGUCUGGAAAUGGCUUUUGUGCAGAUUGUGGAUCCCCAGAUCCGAAAUGGGUAUCUUUAAGUCUUGGGGUGUUUAUUUGUAUCAAAUGCUCUGGUGUUCAUAGAAGCCUUGGAGUGCAUAUAUCUAAGGUUUUAUCAGUGAAGCUAGAUGAAUGGACAGAUGAACAAGUUGAUAUUCUGGUAAAUUUGGGUGGCAAUACUGUGGCAAACAGUAAGUAUGAAGCUUGCCUUCCGGAUAACCUUAAAAAGCCAAGACCAGAUUCCUCCAUCGAGGAGCGCUCUGAUUUCAUCAAGAGAAAAUAUCAGAUGCUGCAAUUUUUGGAUGGCAAUGAACAAAAGGUCUGCCCCUAUCCGCCUCAUCAAAGGAUUUCAUCUUCUGCGUCUUCAGCCCUCCAGUUUACCCAAGAUAAAAAACAGUAUGAGAAACAACCAACUAGACAUCGUAUCGGACACAAAUUUAGAAACAGCUGGGGAAGAAAAGAUAAUGAUCAUCGCAAGUCUGCCAAGAAGAACAACUCAUUGGCAGGUAUGGUUGAAUUUAUUGGGCUGGUUAAGGUGAAUGUGGUUAAAGGCACCAACCUAGCUGUCCGGGACAUGGUGACUAGCGACCCCUAUGUCAUUCUUGCAUUGGGUCAACAAUCGGUCAAGACCCGUGUCAUAAAGAACAACCUAAAUCCAGUGUGGAAUGAAAGCCUAAUGUUGUCAAUUCCAGAAAACAUUCCUCCUCUCAAAGUGCUUGUGUAUGAUAAAGAUACUUUCUCAAGUGAUGAUUUUAUGGGGGAUGCGGAGAUCGACAUUCAACCACUGGUUGCUGCGGCGAAAGCCUAUGAGAAUUCUGAGCUUCAGGAAUCAACGCAGCUUGGUAAAUGGGUAGCAAGCAGAGACAACACCCUAGUAAAAGAUGGUAUCAUCACCUUAAUCGAUGGAAAAGUAAAACAGGAGAUCUCUCUUAGGCUACAAAAUGUUGAGAGAGGGGUCCUAGAGAUCGAGCUUGAAUGUGUUCCUCUUACUCAAUAGAUGUCAGAAAGACUCAGUGUCGUGUUUAAAAUUGUUAGGCCUACUUGCAUUGAGAGGGAACCUUAUGGAAGGAUCGUGAAGUGUUUGAGAGAUUAAGUUCAAGUGAGCUUGUGUGUCCUCAGCGAUCAGCUGGGAACCCCCAUUUAUAGAGUGAGGCAAUGGUAUGCGGAUGCUGGUAGAAUUUGUAGCACCCCACUUGCACUCUCGGCUUUGCUCCUUAUAAUAGCUUUUUCUCUUCUUUCUUUCAUCUUUCCCCAUUUUUGCCAAUGUAGGGCCCCAAUUGAGCCAACCCCAUUGUUUGGGAGAGUGGUCUGACACUAGGGUCCCUCUCCAACUCCCUAAUGAGAAAUGAGCUAAUACAUGGUUUUAAUCAAAAUUUUGAACUGAACUAUCUUUAUAUUCCAUAAAUCCAGCAAGUAAAAGCACUCUUCAGAAAAUCUCUAAUGCUACAUUUGAAAGGGUUGAAAUAUGGGUGAAAUCAAACAGAUACAUAUCUUUUGGAGAAACCAAAACAUUAUCUUAAUGAAAUAAAUUUGGUUAUCAAUACGAGUAUUGAGUUGAGCUAAUAAUGUGACUCCUAACGUUAAUUGAGUUUUAAAAAAAAUAAUUAUGCUAAUUGGAGUUAAUUUAGUAAAUAUCAAAUAUUUUAUUUAUAAGGUUUAGGUUUGAUUAUCAUUAUCAAUAAUUCUUUUUGGUGGGUAAUUUGUAAAUCUAAUGUAAACUUAAAUGAUUUGUAAAUCCAAUGUAAACUUAAAUUUACGGUUCUUGAAAUGAGAAAAUCUCUCCUCACUUUGAAUUUUUUGUAAAAAAAAAAGAAGUCAAAUAUAUAUAUAUAUAUAUAUAUGUAUAAGUUGGUAUUUCAACUACAGUAUAAUGUUGGAUGUCGAAUCUUGAUUUCCAAUUCUAAACACAUUGGAUUUGAAGCUGUCAUUUUGGACUUGAACAUUCACAUCAUCAAUAAAAACACAAUAUGUCUGCAGGAAGUAAGGAUUUGAUGGAGUGAAAUUGGAUGCAAUUUCUUGUAAAAGUUGUUAGAAUGAAGGUGGAAAAUAGAUCAGAACCAAUAAAAAUCAUAUUUAUAAAGAGGUGUCCAUGGCAAUGUUCCUACUUGAUGUAUCAGACUCCCAAUGUUUGAAAGCAUGAAAAUGGUGGUUGAGUAAUCCUUCUAUGGUCGUACAAGGCAUGUUUCAACAGUACUCAAAUUCUAGCAAGGCAAAUUAGUGCAAUUCUGAAUAGCAAACUCAGUUUUCGGGUUCGGAUCAACCUUCUCUUGAACAAUGAGAAUGUUCUGUUGCUUUGGUAUAGGUUGCAUGUUACAAUUUUGUAAGACAACAGCUGAGUUUCCAAAUAUGAAAUCACCUGUUCCAAUAAUGUCGCAUUCACAGUAGGCCACUGCCUGAUGCUUUUGCGGUCCAGCAGUGCUGACAAAUCGCAUAUCUCAAGCAACAAUGCCUUUUCCAAACACAAUUG